AAGAUUAUAGUCAAUCAAAAUGAAACAUCAAAUUCUCAUGACAUAGAAAAAAACAAGUUUUCAGUUCAGUCCCUACAUCUUAACCCUCUCUCCCAUCAUGAGUAUCCUGUGUCUACUACCACCCAUGUGGGCUUGUUGCUUCUCUUUGUUGUCACCUGUAAUCCUUGCCUCACCAGAGUCAACCGUUUCCACCAUUUCUGGUUCUCUUCUGCUUGUUAGGAAAACACCCAUUUCUCAGUUUUCUGCAGAAAUGGAAGCUCAAUCUCCAGGCAUUACUGUGGUCAGAGUGGUGCACCAACAAGAUUUGAACAAGAGAAUUCUUAUAUCUCUUAUUGUGUCCUCCUCUCUACUUGGUGCAAUAUUGCUUUUUCUGUUAAUUUUCUGGAUCUAUAAACAGAAAAGCUUGAGGAACUCCAACAAACAAAAAGAUGUUGGAGAAGGGCUCUCACUGAGUCCAAUUAUGGACCGGAUUAAUAACAUACGUUUAGCUGGAAAGAAAGGUUCAGUUCCUGUUAUUGAGUACCAGUUAUUGGAAGCUGCAACAAACAAUUUCAGGGAAAGUAAUGUCUUGGGUGAAGGAGGUCGUGGACGUGUUUAUAAAGCUUAUUUCAGUGACAAAUUUCUUGCAGCUGUGAAAAAAUUAGAUGGUGGAGGAUCUGAUGCUGAAAGAGAAUUUGAGAAUGAGGUGAAAUGGUUGACCAAAAUUCGGCAUCAGAAUAUAGUUUCCCUUUUGGGCUACUGCAACCAUGGUGAAACAAGGUUACUUGUAUAUGAAAUUAUGCAAAAUGGCUCUUUGGAGAAUCAAUUGCAUGGACCUACUCAAGGUUCAGCUUUAUCUUGGGAUUUACGGAUGAAAGUUGCCAUUGAUGUUGCAAGAGCGUUAGAAUAUCUUCAUGAUCACUGCAAUCCUCCAGUGGUUCAUAGAGACAUAAAGUCAUCUAACAUUCUUUUGGAUUCAAGCUUCAAUGCUAAGCUUUCAGACUUUGGCCUUGCUGUGACUGCUGGGGGCCAAGACAAGAAUGUAAAACUUUCAGGAACAUUGGGCUAUGUAGCUCCAGAAUACCUGUUAGAGGGUAAGCUGACUGAUAAGAGUGAUGUAUAUGCUUUUGGAGUUGUCCUGCUGGAGCUGUUAAUUGGAAAAAGACCACUGGAGAAGAUGUCACCAAGUCAAUGCCAAUCUCUUGUUACAUGGGCAAUGCCUCAACUCACAGACAGAACAAAACUUCCAAACAUUGUGGAUCCAGUGAUAAAAGACACAAUGGAUUUAAAGCACUUAUACCAGGUUGCUGCUGUUGCGGUGCUAUGCAUUCAACCUGAACCAAGUUAUAGGCCAUUGAUAACUGAUGUGCUGCAUUCUCUCAUCCCUCUUGUACCUGUGGAGCUCGGAGGUUCAUUAAGAGUAACAUGAAAUAUGUCUCCUCUCUGGCUACGCCUGCUUACUAAUCAUAUAUAGAAACUGGAAGUAGUGAUUGUCAGCCAUAUAUUAUCUCACAGAAGAAGGCUUUUCCUUGUCGUCCUGGUCAUUUUUUCAAUACGACCAUUUACUUUUGAACCUGUUUACAGUCAAAUUAUGUAACAAAGAUAAUUUUCUUUUCUUUUCUGUUUUGUUGUUUUUUUUUUAAUGUUGCAAUUGUAAAGUGGAUGCAUUGAUGUGUUUUUCAAUACAGAACUGUAGGAUUA